AUAAAGAAAUAGGUCCGUGAACAGACCACUACUACCAGCCAGCUAGCUAGCUUUAUGUCGCCGACCGAUUGUAAUUGCAUUAUAUUACUAGCUAGGCCUAUCUCUGAAGAUCUGCGUUUUAUUUCGUCAGCGCAAUAAAGUUGUGGUGGUGUCGAGAAGGAUCAGGCGUCACUUCGGCAUUUUCUCAGUGGCAGACAAAAUUCGGGAAAGAUGAGAUUAUUGGUGUUGUUAGUAGGUGGGUUCGUAUCGCUGUGCCUUGGCGAAGAAGCGUCAGGUGGAAUGGGUAGUGGUAAUGUGAAAGUUGCACCUCCGGUACUCACUGCUACAGUAGGGGAUAAUGCGGAAUUUGUCUGCACAGCCACACCCCUUGAAGCCGGUCAAGAGAUAAAGUGGACGAAAGAAGACGGAGAGGGAAACGAACUGUUUCCAAUCACUAAUGGCACUACUGGCUUUAAGAUAAAAACUGUAUAUCUGGCUGAUGCUGUGGAGAGUACACUCCGGGUCUUGGAUGUUCAUGUUGACAAUUCAGGAAGCUACUUUUGUAAAUAUGGCUCAUCCCGAUUUGAGGGAGCUCUGACAGUAAACUAUGAUGGUUUUGUGGAGAUCAACGGCAGUCGUGUCAUUGACGGAGAAACAGACAAGAAAUUUACCUGCUUGGUAGAUGGCAGUGCAUCUUAUGAAGUCACCUGGAGGAAGAACGGGACGUUCGUUCUUCCUGAUAAGCGACUGCCUCAGAUUGAAAUUCAGGGAUCUACAAUGACCAUCAAGAAAGCCAGUGUAGAUCAUGACCGUGGCCACUAUUCUUGUGAGGCAUUGUAUAAUAACACAAUAGUUAGUGCAGAAAUAACUGUUGGUGGUGUACUGAGACUAAAGGCACCGAAUUCCAUCAAGUUUACCGAAGGUGAGCGUGCUCGUUUUGAGUGCAUCGCCCUUUACCCAAAAGGAGAUCCAGAACCAUCAUUCACCUGGAUGAUUGGCAACGAGACCGUUAACAAUGGUGGUCGCUUUGAAAUCAAACAUUCCAAGUGGGACAUUGGAUCUGUGCUCCAUAUGACGGAUGUUGUCUUUAGUGACGCAGGGAACUACACGUGCAUUGCAACCAGCAAUGUGACUACUGUUCAACACACCAUACUGUUGAGAGUCAGAGAUCGUCUAGCUGCCUUGUGGCCCUUCAUUGGAAUAAUGAGUGAAGUCAUUAUCCUGAUCAUCAUCAUCUUUAUUCAUGAGAAGUGCACUCAGGGAGAUGAUGUAGGUGAAGAAGAAGAGGAGGAAGAUGCAUCUGAACCGAUCAAAGAGAAGGAAAAGAUAAGCGUUGAUGGUGAAGGAGACAUGCGGAUGAGGAGUAACAAGCCUUGACUUACCAGAAGGGCAUGGCCAACCAAAGAGACUCGUGUUCAUCCCCAAUAAAACAGAUGUGCUGGUUAACUACUUGGAGUACCCUUUGAAACUCCUGUUUUGCAUGUGUAGGUUCUGUGUUUUGGGGAAGGGGGAGGGAUAUCUCCCCAUGUUUCUUUAUUUCUGCAGAAGAUUGUUGGAGUUGACUUAGUAAGCUAUCUAGUGUCUUCUGCAGUAAUGAGCAUUUGUAAACUAUGUAAACAGUCCCCUAUAAACUCUCACUGCAUGUCACAACAUGCUUACUGGUACAUCCGUUCUAUUCUGAAAAUAAAUUUAUUCUCCGGGUUGGGAUUUUAUGAAAAGAUUACAAGUUAUUGCUGAUUUUAAUAGUAGUAUAAUGCAAACUGUUCUGCAAAUUUUCAGGAAUAUUUUGAUUUCCAGCAUCUGGCAAAGCUUGUUAAUGCCAGUUGUUCAGCAUCUCCAACUGCUGCAGGUCACAAUUUAUAGAGUGUUGCUAUACAAUAUCCACUCCAGAGUUACUGAAGCUUGACCCCUCCUAAACGCUCUCACAAACUGCGAAACAGUGCAGCUGUAUAUAUAAUCUCACUCUCAUCAAACAGAAUGAAGCAAAUGGAUAUUCACAUUUGUUCUCUUUUUAUGAGUUAUUCUAUUCCACUCUUUGAAGCAUGUACAUUCAACACCAGGUUAUGCUUUUCUAAACAGCUGUUUGAGGUACGUGUAGAGGCUCUGAUGAAAAAUAACGUGUGUUUUAAAAAGGUGUGUUUAAAACUUUUAGACAUAAUUAUUGAAAGGUGUGAUACAGUUCAGUAGUUGUAGCACAGUUGUGUGUUUGCAUUACAUCAUUCUAUACAUAAAAGAAGUACAUUGUACAAGUAGGGUGCAUUCAAGCAAGCUACUCAUGUUAAUACGAGUAUACUCCCGAGUGCUCGAACGGCUGCAGUACGACCCGUGGGUCAGCGAGAGUAUACUCUCGCUAACAGGGCAGUUUACUCCUGCACCAGAGUGUAAUAUGCACGCAUCCUACUUGUGUUAACAAGAGUAACUAUGCCAAUGCAUCUUUAGAUUACAGGUUGCAGAAGAUAGUGUGUUAACCAUCUGAAUUACUGAACCAAUCCAGUAUGGACCAGACUCAUACUGCAGAAGUAACCAAUGUGCUUGUUGAGUAACUACCUCCAUUGGAACUUUGUCCGAAGAAUGAAUACUUAAUGAGCUGUGAUCAACUUCCCUGUACAUCAAACAGACAAUGGGCCCUCAAUGUAAAUCCAACUUGAAUCCUCUGCUGUCUGCAAGAGGUUUUUCUUGGCAAAUUUCUCUAAUGUAUUCCACUACCUACACAUCAUAAACAACUGCACUUUUUAGUCAUUAAUCUUGGAGCACCUUUUUAAGAAAUGCUCAUCCAAGCUUUGUUAAGUUGAGAGUUUGAUUUAUAUGUCAACAGGACCAUUCUGCAACAUGACAUGAUGUACCAUGCCCUGUGGAAGUGGUAGGCUACAUCUUGAUUUCAUGUCUCGAUCCACUGCACACAAUAAUGAAACAACUCAGAUCAUCACAGACCCUAAUUUGUAGACCAAGAUCAUGCAAGAAAGAAAUUACAGUGUAGGUACUUGUACAUUUGGACUGACUAGUUAGAAAUGUUAGCUGUCAGAAAUUUUGACAGUGUUGAUAUCUGUUUGAAGCCACCAUCACACUUUACACCUUGGGUAGUGUAGACACCUAUAGCUCUCUGCACUUAUAGCACCGAAUGUUAAUAAUAACUCUGCAAAUACCUUUAUAUACGUGUAGUUGAUGAGAUCUCUAGAUCAUGGCUACAGUGCAGAUUCCUAUGGGGUUAGUACUAGGACGUAAUACAUGAAACAUGUAUCAAAAAUUUAAACAUGUUACGUCCAGUAAUACUGAAAAAACAAGUCUUUUUUUUCUUAAAAGUGUAUUGGCAACUGGCUGAGCAAGUUGGAUGAGUAGAUGUAUGUUUAAGAAUAGAUGAUUGGAAACUGCUCUAUUUCUUUCCGAGGAGGACCAUUAUACAUCACACAUAGCUAGAAAUAAAUUAAUUGAUUAAUUAAUCAAUUAAUUGAACACUCCAGUUCCAACUCUGAACAAAUUAAGUUUUCAAGUAAAUCAAAAUUGCUUUUGUGGUUGUCAUUUUGCUGAUUCCGUAAAAUUACAAUUAUUUAAAAAGAAAAACUUUUAAGUUGGGUGAUAACUGUCAAGUGCUGAGCAGAUUCAGUGUUCAUUUUCAUUAAGACUUUACUGUGUUAUCAAACAGUUAAAAGAGCAUAUCAACAUAAUUAUCAAGGUGGCAAAAACUGAUGUUUUCAGGGUUUAAAAAUUAUGUUUGAUAUUUUUAAUAGGAGAGCUUUAGAAGAAUUGAUUAUUGGAUAAUUAAUGUGCAUUACAUUCGUAUUUACACUGUGUAAUGCUAAGCAAUAUUUUAAAGCUCAUGAGCUUCAUGAUAGGUUGAUGAAGUAAUUUACAGAAAUGAGAGAUUAGAAUUUGGGAUUAGAACACCUUGACAAACAGUGAGGAAAUGAUGUACAUGUACCUGAAAUCAUUUUAGGUCAUUUUCGCAUUGGUUUGAUUAAGGCUCUUCUGAUUUGUGUAUCUUACAGGUGGGAACUAUUUUAGGCUUCCCAGUGGGCAACUUUACCACUGUUUUCUCAUUUUAUCCUAUGUUUUCUUAUAUUCUUACAAGAGGAAAAUCAUUUAAAAGUUAUGAAGAGUACAGAUUUCCUGAAAUUAUUAUCUGUUCUAGUGUAUUAACAGUGCAUACCUAGGCCUCUGAAUGUAUCCGGUUCGUAAGUGACUUUGUCACAAAGGCGGACGCAUCAUGAUUUGCAGACUCCCAUUUGACUAGUUGUGCGUUAACUUCUGGUUCCAUGUACACAGCAAUCCAUGCAUGCACUUCGAUGUGCAAUGCAUGUGCAGUGGGCGCAGUUUAAACUGAAGUGACGUCACACUUACGAACCAGAUAUUGAUGAAGCUACGCAUAUGCCCCAGCUCAUAGUAAUGUUUGAUUAUGUAUGUCAGAAUGCAAACUCCUGAGAGGGUCUGUUAAAGUGACAACACGUAUACCCCUACCGUGAUUCCUGGUGACGUUGUGAGCUAUUUAAAUUUUCGUACAGAUAAUAUCAUUUAGAUUGUAUAAACUUUUCCCCAUCUGAACCCUGAUUUUCCUUAAUCCAGUGAAAAUAGGGAGCUAGUUCUGCAGUGAUUUUAGGUGAUUCAAGAGGGCUUUUAGCAAGAACACCUGUCAGGACUGUUUCACAUGAAAAUAAUGAUGUUAGCUCGGAUUAUGAUGCUAAAGUUUAAAAGAUUGAUUUGUUGCAGUUCUCUUUGACUGAAAAAGAAAUUUCAAGUUAUUAGAAUUCCCCAUGUGAUGCUUAAAAUUAAAAAUUAUAUUGCAGGUAGUAACACUAUGUACCUAACCGAAUAUGUACAGAAAAUGUUAUAUACGUAACAAACAAUUUGAUAAGUUAAAUGAAGUGCACAACUUGUGAGAAAACAAGACUAUUUAGUAACAGCUGUUAGGUAGGAAAUGUUGAUGGACAUUGUUGUGGCAUUCAACAAAGAGGAAAGACGAAUACAGUUGAUUCCAAUGUUUACUAUGGCAAUAAUUUGAAGACUUUACUCCUAGUGAUUCUACAUCGAUCCUUGUGAAUGCCAGCAACUGGAGGGCCCACCUUCAGGCUUGGUGCCUGUCAUAAAGAUUUUACUCAACAGUAUUUCCAUAUAGUAGUUGUAGAAUAUUCUCAUCUUAUUAACAGGUAAUGGCAUUGUUGGCGAAUUAUCAAAGAAGAUACAUCCGUAGUGAGGUCAUGUGUGAGUAUUGUAUGUACCGGUACAUGUAAAUGUUUGGUGAAAUGUGAACAUUACUAUUUGUUUGGGAGUACAUGUAUUUAUAAACUUCUUUCAAUGGCGAGUUAAUAAA